AUGAUUCCCGCUUACUAUUUGGCCCUUUUAGCCGUUUUAUGUACGGUAACUUUGGCUCAACUGGAACCAAUUCCCGAAAAUUUGGAAUCUUCCGAUGCCGAUGAGGACAAGAGGACUCCACUUGGGACGAUGAGAUUUGGAAAGAGAGCUAUUUUAGAGAGCGCUGAUGAUGAUUUUCUUGAUGAUAAAUUGUCAUUUAAUAUCUUCGAUGGUUUGCUGAGAGAAGCUCGAUCUCCAUUGGGAACGAUGCGAUUUGGGAAGAGAAGUGGUGGAGAUAAAGGUAAAGCACUUGGCACAAUGCGCUUCGGGAAACGAGGCGAUCCUUUGCACACGAUGCGAUUCGGCAAGCGACAACAAAAUCCAUUUAGUUGGUGUGUCAUGAAAAAUCUCUCGUGGCGACCGAUGCUCGCAUGCAGAAACACAAUGCGUUUCGGCAAAAGAGAUCCCCUUGGAACGAUGCGUUUUGGUCGGAAA